GACCAAUCACAGCGCACAGGGCGGGAUUUGUCAGAAUACGAAUGACAAAACACACUCACACACAGAGACACGCUGUAGUUCUGUGUGUCCUUGAAGUCCUACAAAGUCUAAAAACCAAACUUUAACUAUUCUCUCAUCUUAAAUAACUCAGGAGAAUGGGCUUUAUCGUGUCGAAGGUCAUGGACCAGAACCUGAAGAAGCAGCAGGAGUUCAUGCUGCACAACGCCAGAAUCCAGAUGGAGCGUCAGAUCCUCAUGCAGAACGAGAUGCGAGAGCGACAGAUGGCUAUGCAGAUCGCCUGGUCCAGAGAAUUUCUCAAAUACUUCGGGUCUUUUUUCGGCCUGGCUGCAGUCGGACUCACUGCCGGAGCCAUAAAGAGGAGGAAACCCGGUAUGUUUGCGCCGCUGGUGCCGCUCAGCUUCAUCCUGGCGUAUCAGGUGGACAUGGCGUACGGUUCCUUCAUCCACCGCAUGAGAGAGGAAGCCGAGAGCGUCAUGCUGGCUGAAGCGGAUCGGCUGAAUUUGCCUCACGGACCGCCGACGUUUGAGAGCAUCGAGAAAGCGCGCAGAGCAAAAUCCCACCUCCCUCCUCUCUCGGAGAAAUGAGGGACGCUUUUAGCACUAGUGAGUCGGGAAGUGUGUGUGUGUGCGGGGGGAUGUGAUAACGAAAAUGUUUCUGUUCUCUGAUGAGGUUUUUAAUUCAUCAGAAUUUAAACGUAUACCUAUCGAUCAUGAGUUUGAUCCCGAUCGCUCUGAUCGAUCAGCUCAGCUCAGCUAGCUAAGUGGUAGAUAAAGAAUCAUGGAUAAAUCUUUAAUUGGAAAGUCUUCAGCCUGACAUUUUGGCCACAAAAACGGAUUAGAAUGAAAUCUCGACUCUGAUUGGUUGAUUCUAAUAUAAAUGUGCAGUGUUAGCUACGUAGAAAAGCCGAAGUGACACCUUUUUACCUUCGAACGCUUAACUUUCUGCUUGGAUUAUGUUCUGAUUAUGUUACGAUACGUGCACAGUUCACGAGACUAAUUCGGUUAAUUCACUUUCGGACCUCACACACUGCAGUUUCUUUUUUUUCCCCCUUGUAUUAUUUGAAAAAUAUAAUAACUAAGCUUUAUUACAAAAUUUAAAGGAGCAAUCUGUCAUUUUCAUCCCCCCUCCCCCAUUGCAAUUACAAUAUUUGAUUUUUUUAAUUAUUUUUUUUAGUUCAAUUCUACCCUAACUGACUUUUAUUAAAAUUACACAUGCCUUGUGAAUGGGUGAAAAAAAGGGGUGGGGUUAAGUUCAUGACUUUAAACAGCUAAAAACUAGCAAUAUUGAGAAUCAUGUUUUUAUGAAGCAUCUUUUGAAAUUCUGUUAUUGUAUUAAUUAUUACAGCUCAAGAAACACUGAAAUAUUACAAACUGCACCUUUAUAUUAUACGAAGCUAAUUUGCUAAUCAGUAGCUAAAACACGGCUCACGUUUGGUAUUUUCCUAAAUGUCAUUUUUGCUAUUUUAUAUCAAUGUAAACGUCUGACCUAAAAUGUCUGAUGUGUCACUCUGUCAGUGUGCGCUUGUGUUUUAUAUAUAUAUAUAUAUCUAUGUGCGUGCACACACACACACACACACACACACAUGUGAUGUUCCUUUCUUUUUACAAGCUGUAAACACAGAUGGGACUCUGCUGUCAUCUGUCGUGGUGAAUCUCUGAUAUCUGAUCAGGGGUGUGUGUGUGUGUGUGUGUGUGUGUGUGUGUGUGUGUGUGUGUGUGUGUGUGUGUUUAAUCAAUGAGCAGAGGAGCAGUGUGUUCUACAGAGUCACACAUCACAUUUUGUUUUAGGAAAGCAGUGUGAGGGUGUGGCACUGCUCUGCGCUCCUCUGUAGUGUGUGUGUGUGUGUGUGUGUGUGUUUGUGUGUGAGAGAGAGAGAUUUGUGUGUAUACACACACACACACACACACACACACACACACACACACACUGAUGGUUACGAAGUUCCCUCGGCUCUUUUGGUGCGCUCUGUAAAAUGGUGUUGUGUAAAAUCUCUACUGUGUGCUGCUGAGAAUCAACAAAUAAACAAUAAUAAACCUG